AUGUCGCGGUCUGCGUCAACAUGCGUCUCGGUGCGCCUCCUCUGUCUACUGUAUCUCUCCGUCAUUUCCAGCCCAUCUCUAGCGCAAGUAGGGCUGCUCAACGUAACUGUCGAUGACCAGAAUGGCGACCCCAUCACGGGCAUUGUUCCGACGUAUUCUCCGCCUACAGAUUGGGCGGCAGGAGAGGCUUGUAAGGGAUGUGCCAUUCAGUUCAGCGCAGAUGACCGUACGCACGUAUACGAGGAAACGUGGCACGACGCUACACACAGGCCGACCGACGCGGAGCCGGUGGAGAUGAUAUUUCAGUUCACCGGAGUCGCCGUGUACUUGUACUGUAUCUUGUUUGUCGUCGAUGGCCAACCAGGGACCACAAAUUUUGACCACUAUUCAGCCCCUACCACUCAACAAUAUACAUUCAGUGUCCCGGUGUUCUCCGCCACCAGUCUGACGAACGCGGCCCAUGAGAUACGGCUACAGUCCGGAGGCUCCUUGUCGUCUCUCGUCCUCUUCGACUACCUGAUUUACACACGUCAGCACGCCAAAGCUUCUAGAAGCCUUGAUCUCGAGGGGUCAGAAAAGGGUUACAACGUGAGCCCCGAGGGUGCGCCUCCCAACGCGGUCCCGAGUCGUCAGGAGUUGCUAGUCGUCACAGAAAAUCACGAUGACGAGGAUUCCCGUAUCUCGCCGUUCACGGCUUUUCCUCCCCCGGUCCAUUCGACAUCCUCGACGGAUGUCACGGACUCGGUCUGGGAAGCGCCAGGCCACGAUAGCCAGCCAGAUCCGAGAGAAGGAGGAGGCGAUCUCGGCUUUACAGCGGCGGGAGACUCUAAGUCGAGCGCAGUCUCGAACGACAGCUGA